CCCCCAACCCAAAGAAAAGGGCUCUUGAGAAAAGUUAGGAUUAUUGUAAUGUAUACCAUGUAGAUUAUUCUGUACCACAUGUGAGUGGUGGUUUUAGCCCCUGAUUCUUGUUUAUUUUUUUUAAUUUCUGUGUUUUGUCAAUUAUCUCUCAAAAGUUUCCAUCUUUAGUUGUUCAGGGUUGAUCUUGCAGGUAGAAUCUACAGGGGAUUUCCUUUGGCUUGCAGCUCCUGGUUUGUUCUGGAUGAGAGAUUUGAGCUCAAAUCUUAGUGAAAGUUUGUUUCUUGAAGGGGGUUGGAGUGAGAUUAUCCAAUUAAAAAUUGUGGGUUGUGUGGAUUUUGUUGAUAGAUGGAUUCUUUUGAGGUUGGCUGUGUGGAUUGAGGCUCAAAGUUUUUCCCUUUACACCAUAGUCAAGAGUUCCAGGUACUUUGCCCUUUUCUUGGAUUUUCUAAACUUCAAUCUAUCAGAAUCUUGAUUGUAGUUGCAAACUUUUUAAGUUUGGGAAGGGCAUCUUUUCUUAUAGAGGUUAUUGUCAAUUUGGUUUGGAGGAUUAUCAUCUAAAUGUUAGAGCUGUACGUUUGUUUAAGAUUGUAGUUGUAAGCGCAUUUGAUGAUGGAGAAAAAUGUUUAGAUACUGAAAAUUUUGGAAAGUGGGAGUUUGGAACAUCCAAGAAAAGAGUGUGUUUAUAUAGAAUCUGUAAGAUUGCUGUGUGAUUAUGGAGAAACAAAGUAGUUUUCGGAGUCCCACAAUGGAAAAACAGCAGAGUUUUCGUACGAGGGCGAUGGAAAAGCAGAAGAGCUUUAGGGGGUUAAUGGAGAAGCAGAAAAGCUUUAGGAUUGCAAUGGAGAGGCAACUGAGCUUUGGUGGAGACAGGAAAAAGAGCAAGGAUUCACCGGGGAAGCGAGGUGAUUCCCCGCUUCAUCUUGCUGCACGGGCUGGGAAUUUGGCGAAGGUGAAAGAAAUUCUUCAGAAGUUUGAUAAUAUUAACAAUGGCGUGAAGGAUUUGCUGUCGAAGCAGAACCAAGAAGGUGAGACUCCUCUGUAUGUUGCGGCUGAGAAUGGGCAUACUUUGGUUGUUGGGGAGUUCUUGAGGCAUUCGGAUGCUGAAACUUCCUCUAUUCCAGCCAAUAAUGGCUAUGAUCCGUUCCAUGUGGCUGCGAAACAGGGUCAUCUUGAUGUCCUGAAGGAACUGCUCCGUUUUUUCCCCAGUCUAGUCAUGACCACAGAUACUACCAAUUCUACAGCCUUACACACAGCAGCUGCUCAGGGGCACAUUGACGUAGUAAAUCUGCUUCUGGACAUUGAUUCCAACCUGGCCAAGAUUGCUCGAAACAACGGCAAGACUGUGCUUCAUACGGCAGCAAGAAUGGGCCGCUUGGAUGUGGUGAAAUCUUUGUUAGAGAAAGACCCGAGUAUCGGCUUCAGGACUGACAGAAAAGGACAAACGGCAUUGCACAUGGCUGUAAAAGGACAGAAUGUGGAGAUUGUGACAGAGCUCAUAAAACCUGACCCGUCUGUUUUGGGUCUGGAAGAUAACAAGGGAAAUACUGCACUCCAUAUUGCGACAAGGAAAGGCCGGAAUCAGAUUGUACAAUGUCUAAUAUCCACUGAAGGUAUCGAUGUCAACGCGACUAAUAGUGCUGGAGAGACACCUCUAGAUAUUGCUGAAAAGUUUGGAACUCCAGAACUUGUGGCCAUUCUAAAGGAGGUAGGAGCUGUUCACUCCAAAGAUCAGGGGAAACCCCAAAGUGCAGCAAAGCAACUCAAGCAGACUGUCAGUGACAUAAAGCAUGAUGUUCAGUCCCAACUUCAGCAGACCCGUCAGACUGGCUUCCGGGUAAGAAAGAUUGCGAAGAAAGUGAAGAAGCUUCACAUUGAGGGUCUCAACAACGCCAUCAAUUCUGCCACAGUUGUUGCUGUUCUUAUUGCUACCGUUGCUUUUGCUGCCAUCUUCACCGUUCCUGGUCAAUAUGUUGAAGAGAAAACAGAAGGGUUUUCUUUGGGGGAAGCCCACAUAGCAAACAAUGCAGCUUUCAUAAUCUUCUUCUUGUGCGACAGCGUGGCCUUAUUUAUCUCCCUAGCUGUGGUCGUGGUACAGACGUCUGUCGUUGUGAUAGAGGAAAAGUCAAAGAAACAACUCAUGUUUGUGAUAAACAAGCUCAUGUGGUUGGCUUGUCUCUCCAUUUCGAUUGCUUUUAUCUCGCUCACCUACAUUGUGGUCGGAUCUCACGAACGGUGGCUUGCCGUAUACGCCACCGUGAUUGGCAGCACGAUAAUGUUAACCACAAUCGGCUCUAUGUGCUACUGUGUUGUUAGACAUAGGCUGCAAGACUCGAGGAUGAGAAACAUAAGGAAAGCCAGGACCCUUUCUCGUUCCUUCUCUUUUUCUAUCUCGGAUCCAGAGAUGUACAGUGAACGAUAUAAGAGGAUGUAUGCAGUGUAGAAAACAUGUUUUGCAGCAAGAAAUCGCUUCUGAACUGAAGACCCCAGUUACUUGACUGGGUGCAGUAAUUACUACAGCCUGCCGAGUCUGCUGAUGUUGAGUUCUUCCAACUUUCCCAUUGCUACGACCAAACCGAGCAGCUCCAAUAGAACAGGGAUCUUCGCUCUCCCAAUUCCAUCAUUAUUACUUAUACAGUAUCUAUGUAUCAGGGUAAAGUAUAUUGAAAAGUCCAGAUUUAGCUUUUCUGGGAAGCGCUGAGAGGUGCAAGUUGUAAUUGCUGUUGCCUAUAUUUGAUAUAACAUAUCAUUCUAAAUAAGCAAUCCUGGCUUCAAA